UUACCCAUAAAGAUUUAAAGUACUUUCUGAUAUAAAUAACUCGCUAUAGAUAAUGAAAACGGCGAUAUAAAAGUUCUGAGUCUGAGCGAAAUUGUCAGUAUUCAAUAUGUGUUGGUUAAAGACAGUUGUCAUAAGUUUUAUGGUGAGUGCUGUGGUGGGUAGUCGAGAUUUCCCCCCUGAUUUCAAAUUCGGUGCAGCAACUGCUGCUUACCAGGUGGAGGGUGCCUGGAAUAUUAGUGAUAAAUCAGCUAGCAUUUGGGACAGCUACGUGCGGAGGCACCCUGAGAGAAUUCAUGAUGGGUCUACGGGAGAUAUUGCCUGUGACAGUUAUAACCAGUGGAAGAAAGACGUUGAAAUCGCAAGCAACCUUGGCUUGGAUUUCUAUAGGUUCUCAAUUGCAUGGACAAGGUUAAUGCCAUCCGGUUUCCCGCAUACUAUCAGUGAAGACGGAAAGAAAUACUAUAAUGAACUGAUUGAUGCUCUGCUUGAAAAGGGCAUCGAACCCGUUGUCACGCUUUACCAUUGGGACUUGCCGCAAUCCUUGCAGGACUUAGGUGGCUGGGCGAAUCCUUUAGUAUCUGAUUGGUUUGCGGAUUAUGCACGCGUCGUGUUCUCGCUCUACGGUGAUCGUGUCAAAACCUGGAUAACACUAAAUGAACCUAUAAUCUUCUGUGAAAUAGUCUACAAUACCGCCAUGCACGCUCCUGGAAUUCUCAGUGCUGGAGUCGGUAACUACAUCUGUAACAAGCACGCUAUGCUCGCCCACGCCAAAGCUUGGAGAAUAUAUGAUGAAGAAUUCAGACCAAAAUAUAAUGGCAAAGUGUCACUUUCGAAUCAAAUAUUAUGGCUUGAACCAGAAAACGAAAAUGAUGUCGAAAUAACUGAAUUGACAAGACAAUUUAUGGUUGGUAUGUUUGCCCAUCCAAUAUACUCCAAAGAGGGAGGCUGGCCGCCGGUCAUUGAAAAAAUAAUUGCAGAGAAAAGCAAGAAAGAAGGCUUACCAAAAUCAAGAUUACCAACUUUUACUCAAGAAGAAAUAGAUUUCAUAAAAGGAACUUACGACUUCUUCGGAUUCAACUAUUACACUUCACGGGUCGUGAAACCAGCGAAGGAAAGAGAACCCAUAGGUCCAUGGCCUUUUGCCGGUGCACCUGAUCUUGACAUUAUCCUAUCUGUUAGACCUGAAUGGAAACCCGCAGCAACUAGCUGGUUCUAUAUAUAUCCUGAAGGACUUCGUCGUCAACUAGCCUGGCUUAAGGAACAGUACGGAGACAUUGAGAUACUCAUCACUGAGAAUGGAUACGCAAGUUACGACGGCGGUUUAGAUGAUCAUGACCGAGUACAAUAUUAUAAGGAGCAUUUGGAACAGGUUCUUCUAGCGAUCGAAGACGGAGUCAAGGUAACAGGAUACACAGCCUGGACGCUGAUAGACAACUUUGAAUGGUCUGAUGGUUACCGAUCCAAGUUCGGUUUAUAUCAAAUCGACUUUGAGGACCCUCUGCGCAAGCGCACGCCUCGAGCCUCCGCACACUAUUACGCAAGUGUUAUUAAAAACCACUCAUUAGAUGUAGACACUAAAAUAACAGAUGAACUUUAGUUUUU